UCCUGCCUCUGGUUGUCCCGCAAGAGAUAGCCUCAGGAGGUGCGGGCAGUUCCUGGUACCAGGCUCAGCAUGAAGUGCACCAGCCCAGCUGCCCUCGUGACCUUUUGCACCGGGCUUUGGAUCUCGAACCCUGUGCUGGCUCAGGGCCUGGAGACCGGUGUGCGUCCGGGGGCUGACUGUGAAGUCUGCAAAGAAUUCUUAAACCGAUUCUACAACUCCUUGCUAACCAGAGGAGCAGACUUUUCUGUGGACACCAUAGAGAAAGAGUUGAUCAGCUUUUGUUUGGAUGCCAAAGGAAAAGAAAGCCGACUGUGCUAUUAUCUAGGAGCCACCAGAGACGCAGCCACCAAGAUCCUAAGUGAAGUCACUCGUCCCAUGGGUGUGCACAUGCCUGCCCCGAAGAUCUGUGAGAAGCUGAAGAAGAUGGACAGCCAGAUUUGCGAGCUAAAAUACGAGAAAAAACUGGACUUGGCGUCUGUGGACCUGGGGAAGAUGAGAGUCUCGGAGCUGAAGCAGAUCCUGCGCAGCUGGGGAGAAGAGUGCAGGGCCUGCGCAGAGAAAAGCGACUACGUGAACCUCAUCAAAGAACUGGCCCCCAAAUAUGUAGAGACACCCCCCCAAACAGAGCUCUGACGUUGCCUCUCAGUGUGUGGGGGCUGUGGUUAGAGUAAAACAACUGUCUAAGAUGCGGAUUCGCUGCCUAAGGCUCACCAGGGACUCACUGCUGGCUCCAGUCUUGCUGUUGUACUGCGGAGCUGGGCAGGUUAGGCUUAGGGUUCAGGUUCACCUCUGCUUGCUGCUGGCUGCCCACGUCUGCAGAGUCCGGAGAGCUCAUCCUUCUUCGGAAGGUACAGCGGUUCUCUCUGCAUUACUGUAGCAAUAACGCCCAACAGAGACAAGUCAGGGGAGGGAAGGCUUGUGGCUCACGGUUUCAGUCAGCCAUGCAAGGCAGCUAAGGGCAAAGCAGCUCAGAAAAUGAAGGCAGGAGCUGGUCCCCGAGGCUGCCACUAUGGUGACUGAAAAGCAGAAAGUGAUGUUCAAGUCAUGAUAACGAUGUAACCUUCAAAGGCUGCUUCCGCCAGCUAGACUCCAGCCCGUGGCCUUCCUAAAUCACCACUAGCUGGGGAACAUGCAUUGAAAAAAAAAAAAAAUGAACCUGGGGGGGACAUUUCAAAUCCAAACCCUAGCC